AUGAACAAACAAACUCUUGUUUUUGUGCUAUAUUGUUAUUUAAUUGGUAAUCAUUGGUGCGUGCAAGAUGCUGUACUUCAGUGGAAUGCUGUUAUGUUACAAGUGAGUGCUAAUGACUUAGAUCCGACAAUUGUUUCAUUACCAGACCAAAAAUCUUCCACACAAGCAUCACGUGCAUUUGCUAUUGUUCAUGCAGCAAUUCAUGAUGCGGUAAAUACGUUCUCCAAAAAGUUUCAACCGUAUUUAUCGUAUGAAUCAAGCCGAGGAAUUAAAACUAAUAAACAACUCCAGCAAGCUGUGGAAGCAGCGAUUGGUCAAGCAGCUAACGAUACAUUGUGUCAACUUUAUCCAAAACAGAAAUACUUAAUUACCUUUGCACUGCAAAGUUUUCUUCAAGGUAUUCCAGCAGGCAGAGCAAAACGAAAUGGUAUAAAAGUAGGACGAAAAAUAGCUAAGAAAAUAUUAAUUUCAAGAGAAAACGAUGGCUCAAAUCAAACAAUUACUUAUACGCCUAUAAAUGCUGUAGGCUAUCAUCAAGAAGAUCCACUUCAUCCAAACCAAAAUUUUUCAGUUCCUUAUUGGGGAAAAGUUCGUCCAUUUGUAUUAAAAAAUGGUGCACAAUUUCGUGCUUCAGCCAUUGUUGGGACAACAAUUCAAUCAAGACUGGCAUAUCUUAAAACAUCUACCUUUUUAUCAAACUAUAAUGAGGUUAAAGCUAUUGGAAGUAAAACUAGUAGUACCCGUACAGCUGAUCAAACAGAAAUUGGAAUAUUCUGGGGCUACGAUGAGCAACCAAAAAUUGGAUCAUCACCAAAACUCUUCAAUCAGGCUACACGAGCGAUUGCCAUGACAAAAGGGAAUACAUUAAUUGAAAAUGCUCGUCUUUUUGCACUUAUUAAUAUUGCACUGGCCGAUGCAUCAAUAGCCUGCUGGGACAGUAAAUAUUAUUAUUCAUUUUGGCGACCAAUAAUUGGCAUUCGAAAUGCGAACAAGAUUGGCAGUAAGAAGCUUGUUGAAGAUCCUAAUUGGGAGCCGUUAGGAUCCGCAGUUGACUUUGGAAACGCUACACAGUUCACACCACCAUUUCCUACAUAUACUUCAUCACAUGCAGCACUAGGCGGGGCAACAUUUCAGAUUCUACGAAGAUUUUAUGGCACAGAUGAUAUUGCAUUUCAGUUUCAGUCCGAUGAAUACGAUGGUGAAACAAUCAAUGAUAAAGGUAAAACUCGUCCAGUACGUAUUCGUCAAUACAAAAGUUUAACACAAGCAGAAAAAGAAGUUUUUCAUAGCAGAAUUUAUAUUGGGGUUCACUGGCGAUUAGACCAAGAGCAGGGACAAAAACAAGGUACACAACUGGCAAAUUAUGCGUUCGAUAAAAUCCUUCUGCCGAGUUAA